AUGGCUCCUCGACUGUCAGCGAUACUUUUGUACGCACUGGUGGCUUCAGCGGACAUCGCACCGGCUCGUUGCAAAGUAUAUCCAGGUGACAUCUCCUGGCCCUCUGACGAAGCCUGGGCGGCUCUCAAUGAACGGGUAGACAACCGCCUCCUCAAACCACGACCGCAGGCAGCAGCAUGCUACAGUGGCGCCGAGUACGAUGAGGCCGCCUGUGCCAGCAUGACGGCCACGUGGACGAAUUCCUACACCCACCUUGAUGACCCUAUCGAGAUGUUCUCGCCCGUUUAUCAGGGUCUCACGUGUUUGCCACCCAACAUUUACGACUCUGGCAACUGUACCAUGGGUGGAUUCCCGUGGUACGUGAUUAAUGCCACUUCUGCCAAGCACGUACAAGAAGGCGUUAAGUUUGCGAAAGAGACGGGUGUGAGACUGGUAGUCAAGAACACAGGACAUGACUUCUCAGGCAAAUCGGGUGGUGGAGAGUCAUUGAGUAUAUGGACACAUCACCUGAAAAGCAUUGAAUACAUCGAGAAUAUUACCGACGAUACCGAGGGAUACUCUGGUCCUGCUUUCAAAUGUGGCACCGGUGUUCAAGCUUUUGAGAUAUACAAGGUGGCGUCUGAAUACGGUAGAGUUGUUGUUGGUGGCGAAGGACAGACUGUUGGGGUGAUGGGAGGAUACAUACAGGGUGGAGGCCAUUCUCCACUGAGUUCAAUAUAUGGUACUGGGGCAGAUCAAGCCCUGGCCUUCGAGGUUGUGACAGCGGACGGAGACCUUGUGACUGCAGACCACAGCCAAAAUUCUGAUCUAUUUUGGGCGCUUCGAGGUGGUGGCGGCUCGACCUUUGGUGUAGCAAUCUCGGUCACAGUCAAGGCCUUUCCAGACGUUCCCACAACUGCCUCGGCGUUCAAAUUCUCUACGGCGGGCGGUCUAUCCAACGAGACUUUUUGGAGUGGUGUACGCAGCUACUUCGACUCUUUUAUUCACAACGCCGACAAUGGCACGUACUCGUACUUCCUCUUGUUGCAUAACAACCCAAGCCCUGGAAAUUUUCUCUUCCAGAUGACGCCCUUCUUCGCACCCAACAAGACAGCAAAGGAAGUGACUAGCUUGCUAGACCCAUGGUUUACCAAGCUCCACGAUCUCGGGAUUAGGUUCGACCCUAAUAUCACGGAAUACCAAAGCUUCUAUCCUGCCUGGAGAGACUUUUUCCCGCUCGAGGUGAUCGAGAAGGUAAACGUUCAAAGCGGUUCGCGUCUCUUUCCCCGCAAGAAUUUCGAAAGCGAAGAGCUGAAGCAGGCCACUUUUGAAGCUAUCCGCACAUCCCUCGAGACUAACCACGUCUUUGUUGGGUUCAACAUCAAGGCCAUCAGUCCCGAUGACCCAGACAACGCUGUCAACCCAGCCUGGCGCGACAAUAUCUUGUUCGCUCUCCAGUCAGUCAGGUGGUCCAUAAAUGCCACCGCGGAGGAAAUUUUAGAAGCCCGCAAAGGUUUCACUUUCGGAGAUAUGCAGCGGUGGAGAGAUGUCUCUCCAGGUGCUGGCUCAUACCUUGCUGAGUCGGACAGGAUGGAGCCGAAUUUCCAACAGUCGUUCUAUGGCGACAGCAAAUACCCUCGUCUGCUGGAGCUGAAACGUAAAUGGGACCCUGAGGAUGUCUUCUAUGCUGCGACUGCUGUCGGUAAUAUCCGUUUGAGCCACGCAAGUCUGCCUGCAAGCAACAGACUUGAAGCACAUUUCUGCCCUUGUUUUUGGAAACCCCUGGACGACAGUCUCGCCAUGGAUAUCAAUGCAACUAUAGCUUCUAUUCCGAAGAUGGACAUCAUGCCACCUACUAUUGAGGAACUGGCAAGCCUAUGGAACUACACUGGCCCCGAAUGGAAUUGGACAGAUUCAGACUGGGAUCACAUAUACGGUGAGCCCAUUGGAAUAUGGGAAUCCUUGGUCGAUCACUUUCUCGACCAUAUCCGAUCACAGAGAUAUCAGAUUCAGACAGAUAUACUCUUUUACCCAGCUCUGACCUAUAUUCUCAACUUGGCCUCCCUCGCUAUCGCCUUCAACUCCACUGGCCGAUACCGCACAGCCUUCGUCGGUGCGUCCCUCGCCUUGGCAGUCGCUAUCAUUCAACAAAUUUCCAUCCUACCAAUCUUAUACGCUGUCAAGAUCACCCUUGUUCAGGUACUCGUCAUUCAAAACAUGGGUGCAGCUGUCAUGAUGCUGUGGGAAGAUAUCGCCGUUACUCAAGAGCAAAAGAAACUUCCUUGGGGACAACGCAUCCUCGCCACCUACAAACUCAUGUGGAACGCACGCUUUGUCAACACCAGUCGUCCGGCUCCUGUCCUCCACUUGAUCAAGGCAGACGAAGAGCGCAAGAGGCAGCUCGCAGAGGCAUCCAUCACAGCUACGAUCGAAGAGGCAUCCGCCGAGAAAGCCACCAUCAACAACAAAAACUUGGAUGAGAGCUCGGCUGAGGCAAACAACAACAAAAGUUUGCUCGAACGGAUCAAUGAUUCCCGGGACUUUGUACUUCGAGUCAGCCAUAACGCUUGGAACAAAACCAGCCAGCCCUUUGCUCGCUUCUGGAACUCUCUCAGCCCAAGAAUCCGCUGGAUCAUGACUACCAUAGCCAAGAUCGCUCUCAUCUUUGUCUUGGAACGUGUCAAGGACUACGUUUGGGACACUUACGCCUGGUAUUCCCAUGAAGACAUUGCCCCCUACAAACGUUCCUACUUCCGCCGUCUCCUUCGGAAUGAGACCGACCUACGGGAGGUGGUUAUCCGCUGCUACUUCGCCUUCGAGGGCGUUUGGGGCGCGUUCUACUGGUACACCUUCAUUCACUCGACCGUCGCCCUCUUCUUCGUAGCGCUUCACAUUGAUGAACCUGAAGAGUGGCCUCCGGUCUUCGGCGAUAUCCGCGAAGGCUGGAAUCUCCGGCGCUUCUGGAGCAAAUACUUCGAUCGACUCAUCUACCGCACCACCAACGGCUUGGGGGAGAUGAUCUUGACUGCCCUUGGCGUAGGUCAGCGACCUUUCCGGGGAAAGACUCGCUGGGUCCUGAACGGACUCAUCUUCUUCCUCAGUGGUAUCUUCCAUGCUGGCACUGAGUAUAUCUGCGGAAUCAAGUGUCACGUUGGUGUGGAGGUCUGGUGGUGGAUGUUGAACUACAUCGCGAUGAUCAUGGAAACGGCCUUCCUCUAUUGUCUUCAGACUUACUUCCCUCGGUUCUAUCAUAAGAUGAGUGGAAGAGUUGGGAAGUCGAUCGGAUACUUGUGGCUGUUUGCGUUCCAUUUCUACGCCAGUCCCAAGAAUCAGUUCAUUGCAUUGAACUGCCUGCCGCCGUUCUAG